CCUUCUCCCACAACAGUCAAAGUCCAGUUCAGUCUUCGUGCGUUCAACACAGAACCAUCUCUUUGUCACGUAGUCCUUACCAACCCACCGCUAUUAAGUCGGCCACACUACCUACCAGCACCGCGGAUAGCAGCCUCUCCACAGCCAUGACGAGUGUCAAACAAGCAGCUAUGAACCCCUCCGCCGAGGGAAAAAGCCCCAAGACCAAAAAGUCGCUCUACCAGCGCUAUGUCGACGCCAAGACGAGCCGCAACGUCAAGAUCUCGGACGCCGACCUCCAGAAGUAUACGGGCAUGAACCGGGAGCAGCUGAACGCAUGGGCCAAGGACCGGCCCGGCGUCGCUGGCAACCAACUCGCCGGCAAGCUGGCCAUGGGUCAGGCUUCGGGCUUUGGCGGACUGGAGACGUCUCAGGGCUACGGCGGAUGGGGACCGAGUGCCGAAGGAAAAGCGAAGUUUCCCCCCGCGCCUCGGAACGAGACGAAGGGCUCUGAUGAAGAGGAGGAUUAGGUAUAUGGGAGGCAGAUGCAGUUGUUCGCUCAGUGCGAUUGCUUUGUUGUCAUUAGUUUGCCCCGGCUCACAUCUUUGUUGCCGUAUCGAAGUGCCCAACCGUCUAUUCUCGCCUCCUUGUGUGAUUCGAUCCCUCGAUAAACGGUCGAUCAUGAUUCAGCUCAAUCUGUGUUGAAUUCCCUGAUUCCAAGCAAUCUAAGUCUAUGAGUUCUCUUCCAAGUGAAGGUUCAAAAACAGGAAAAAAACAAACCGUCCAAUAACCGAAACCUGCGCGAACAAGAAUCCAAAAUGAAGACUCCGCCGCCCAAUACUGUCCAAUUGUUGGAUGCUCACAGAAAACCCGAGGUGGGCUUGGAGACGUC